AUGAUCAAUAGCCUCAUUUUAUUUAUUAUAAAUAUUGCAAUUCUUUUGGCUUCUACCUCAAGAUGCAAUGAAGAAUUUUGCUUACUAAACAACGGCCCAUAUUUACUGGAAUCUGAGAAUGCCCUUUUCUUAUCGCUGGUACCCAAUACAGAUAAGAAGGUAGCUUUCACGACGUAUAAAAGUCAAGCAUCAAGAUUCAAUGUGCUUUUUAUAAACAAAACAAAUCACGAGGUUGUCUUGGAAUUGCUAGGAGAGCCAGAUGGUCUUUUUUAUUUCAAGAAUACUCUUGACUGUAAAAGUAGAUUUUACAAAGAAAAUCCAGGAUGCCAUUGGAGGCUAAUUAGGGCUGCCCCAACAGAAAUUCCAAUUAGCAGUGAAGUUUCUCCCCUUUACUAUGUUCAGUCCGUCGAAAAUACGCUACCCAAUUUGGGUUCCGAGUUAAUUCCAGAUACGGUUAUCGCCCUGAAAGAACUAUUUGACGGAGCUAAAGGAAAUCUGCUCUCCAUAAGUAAAGAAAGUCUUGAUUGUAUAUAUGCAUCUUCAGUACUACUACCUAUUGAGCAAUUGGAUGACGCGGAUCGCUUCAGACUAGCCGAGCUAAAGGUAGACAUAGCCUCUUCUUUAAGGCUAUUGGACCACAGCAUCCUUUCUUCCCUUUGUGUUCCAGAUGGCGCUCACAAAUCUCCUGCAAGCGAGAAUUGUUCUAUCAAUGAGAAAACAACCGAGGCGACCAUUAAAGCUUUAAUGCACAUCAGGGACCAAUUGGUUGGGCAUCCCAUGCGCAAACGCUUAUACGCAAGUGCAGAUCUCAUUCCUCGUCUUCAGACAAUAUUGUUUUCAAACUCUGAAGAUGAAGCCAUUGAUAGCGGAGAAGUGGAAUUAAGGAUCUGUGCCCUAAAAACCGUCCAUUCUUUGAUCACCAAUAGCAAUAUCGGCAUAGGCUAUUCUUUCACUUUGGAUUAUAUUUCGUUCCUUACAAACAGUAAUAUCGAGGCAGGCCAGUGGAAUUGGGCCCUUAAAGCCUUGGUUGUGUUAACGGACCGUUCUUAUCCCUCAACGACAGAAGCAGUUCGGUUGAUCAGGAAAUUUUCCACCAUUCUGUAUCAGUUCAAAAAUUCGGCUUUAGCCGGAUACGAUUACAGAGAGGUUUCGAUCAUCAUGGCAUUGCUUGCUAAUUUUUGCAUCUCAAAGCCAUCUUUGAUUUUCGUUCUACAAAAUGAAGGCAUUGUCGAUUGGCUAUUUUCUUACAUUAACAAUGGCUGCUUCUAUUCCAUUGACGAAUGUAAGCUAAAGCUACUGGAUUCAAUUACCGAAUCUUAUGCUGAGGAGCUUUCAAAAUAUUGUAUGGAAAUCUUGAGUGCAUCUAAAACUCCAUGCAGUGUAGCCACACCCACAAUUGCGGUCAAAAAGUCCCAAAUCAGAGUUUCAUUGCUUUUAUUGAAAAAAAUAUUGGCUUUAUUUCAAGGAGACAAGUAUCGAGCUCUUUCCUCCUUUCAAGGGGUUAUCCCAUCCGUAAACAAUGUGGACCCGCUUGCAAAGCUUCUUUUGGCCAAAAUGGAUUCAUUUCCAGAGGAGGCGUUGGAUUGUUUCUGGUCGCUAUUGGAGGAAUUGACUAAAAACGAGUUCCCCUCUUUUGUUUUGUUCGAAUCUGAUGAGCAGAGGCUGGAAUUUGUCAGGAUUUUGAUCUCGCACAUCAAAUCGAAUAACGAGCCUCUUCUUGUAGUUGCGUUGAAAACCUUAAGAGCACUAUCUAGAAACGUACAAGAAAUGAGAAGCAUUCGAUUUGACGAUCUUCAUCGAGCUGAGCUUGUUCAGGUUCUGAUCGACAAGCUCGGCUAUGAGCUUAGGGACUUUAGCCCUCAAUUUACAGGCAUCCUAUUGAACGUGAUUGCCAAUUUGUCGCUUGAAUUCGCCGGAUUGCGUCUGAUCGAUUGGCUUUUAAAUACGUUUGGUAAAGACUCGAUUUUCAAGCUGCUUUCCAAAGAGCAAUAUUUGCCGCUGCUUUCAAAUCUUACAUUUACUGCUUCGCAUUCGCUGAGGGAAGAAAUUGCAAAUACGCAUCCAAUAACUGAAGUGAUCUUCAACACCCUUCAGGGGAGAUUAAGGUCGCCAUCUACAUCAGAUGUGUUCUCAAUCAACUCUGCCCUAUUAGCUGCCAUGCACAUGAAGAAUGGCCUGGAAUUUGACAAAAUCAUCACAACUAUUCAACAGAUUUCAGAAACCGAUUUUUCCGCAGAAAUUAGGCAGCUUGCCGUGGAGGCUUUGGGGCAGCUGUCUCCAACCGUUGUAUCAGCAACCAGGAGUCUCAACAGCGAGGAGAGGGUCCCGCUCCCGCCUCCAAUUUGA